UAUAACCUUAGCAAUUAACAGUGAUUGUAGCCAUUUUGAUGAUCAGAAAAAAACUUGUUUUAACUUUGGAUUAAAGUGUUAAAUAUACAAACUGUUGAGAAACAGUACUGGUUGUUUUUCUGCAGUUCAAAUUUUUCGUAAUAAACGUGUAGUUGUCAAAGCACAACAAAAGUUGUGUUUGUUUUGCACGUUUUGUACACCGGGCAGCCACGCGAUUGAUGCUCGCUACUUUUCUGUUUUUAAUCGGUGUAGGAAGUUCCAGGUGCUCAAUAUGUUGACCAACAGGGUUUUUAUGAAGAAAACGAGAAAAGGCGGUAUUAUCAAGGUUGUGCGCGAGCAUUAUCUUCGAGAUGACAUCGCUUGUGGGAUUGCUUCCUGUGGCUUGUGCAUCCUGUCAGCUAACCGAACCAGCCUGGAUGCGUCGCCUACCAGAGAGAGCAGCCUGUACGAUUGCCCGCAUUAUCUGAUGCUGGAUACAAACAUAAUCCUUUAUCAGAUCGACUUUCUCGAAUCGGACGCGAUCAGAAACGUUAUCGUGCUGAGUACGGUUCUGGAUGAGGUCCGACAUCGUAGUCCGGUAAUCUUCAAGCGGUUGAAAAAAAUUCUGGCUGAUCCUGGGCGGAAGUUUUUUACCUUUGUGAAUGAGCACCAUCGGGAUACCUAUCUGAGCAAGGAUAUUGGAGAAUCUGCCAACGAUCGGAACGAUCGAAUGAUUCGUAAAGCUGCGCUUUGGUACGGCCAACAUAUUCGACAGGCAGAUUCGAAGAGUAAGUUGAGAGUGGUGAUUUUAAGCGAUGAUGCCGAUAAUAGGAAUCGGGCGCAAAAGGAGCAUUUGCUCGUUUCCUCGGUGGCUGAUUAUGUCGGAUCAUUAACCGCCCACCCAGAGUUGAGAGAUAAAGUGUUCAGCUCUGAGAAGUGGCAAGAUGAAUCAAAAAUUAUUUUUCCGUCUCACCUUACUGUGGCACAAAUUCAUGAUGGUAUCAAAAAAGGCGAAUUAUUGCAGGGGUCUUUCUUUGCUUCACGUGAUAACUUCCUGGAAGGCAAUGUGCGUGUGGAAAGUUUCGAAGAACCUGUUCUAAUUCAGGGUCGAUUGAAUUUAAACCGUGCGGUAGACGGAGACGUGGUCGCAGUACGAAUGCUGCCGAAAAGUGAGUGGAAAUGCCCCAGCGGAGUGGUGCUGGUGGAUGAGCAAAAUGUGGACGACGAUGAAGUAGAAACGGCGGAUCCGGAAUUCAAGCAAGGCUCGGUAGGAGAGAGAACACCUACCGCUGUUGUGGUAGGCAUAAUUAAACGUAAAUGGCGUCAGUAUUGUGGCAUUUUAGCUGCAAACCCGCUAGCAAAAGCCACUAGACAUUUGUUUGUUCCUUCCGACAGGAAUGUGCCUAGAAUUAGAAUCGAAACGCGGCAAUCCGCGACACUAAUUUCACAAAGGAUUGUCGUAGCGAUUGACUACUGGCCGAGACAUUCGAAAUAUCCUAUUGGACACUUUGUUCGAGCAUUGGGAGCAAUUGGGGAAAAGGAUACGGAAAAUGAAGUGAUUCUAUUGGAACAUGACAUACCACAUGGUAGUUUUUCAGCCGAAAUUCAGAGCCAGCUGCCAAAGCUGCCAUGGAGUGUGGAGCCUGAAGAAUACAAGAAGCGUGUAGACCUCAGGGAUAUUACCAUUUGUUCCGUAGAUCCGCCGGGCUGCACAGACAUUGAUGAUGCACUUCAUGCGCGAAGGCUCGAUAAUGGAAAUAUAGAAGUCGGUGUACACAUUGCUGAUGUUACGCAUUUCAUCAAACCUGGAACAGCUCUUGAUAAGGAAGCGGGUCUUAGAGCUACAACGGUUUACCUAGUAGACAAACGAAUCGAUAUGGUACCGGACGUUCUAAGUUCAAAUCUCUGCUCCUUGCGAGGCAAUGAAGAACGGUUGGCAUUCUCCUGCAUCUGGGAGUUGGAUGAUAAUGCAAACAUUCUGCACACGAAAUUUCACAAAUCUGUAAUUAAAUCGGCAGCAGCUUUAACCUACCAAGAGGCCCAACUAAUUAUAGAUGAUCCAACACAGACGAACCAGACGGCCAAAUCUCUCCGUCUGCUGAACAAACUGGCCAAGUUGUUGAAGCAGCGCCGAAUUGAUAAUGGAGCCCUGGUUUUAGCAUCGCCGGAGAUACGGUUCAAUAUUGAUAGUGAAACGCACGACCCAAUCGAUGUGGUAGCCAAAAAAAUGCUUGAAACCAACUCUAUGGUAGAGGAGUUCAUGUUGUUGGCAAAUGUUUCCGUUGCGGAAAAAAUCGAAAGCGAGUUUCCAGAAUGUGCCAUGCUGCGUCGUCAUCCUUGUCCGCCAGAUGCUAAUUUUGAUCCGUUGAAAAAGGCAGCCUCGUAUCAAGGCUUUGAAAUAAUCACCACUAGCGGUAAAGAGCUGGCGACUAGCUUGGAUAAUGCCGUCAAACCGGAAAACCCCUACUUCAACACGUUACUACGAAUUCUCACCACACGUUGCAUGAUGCAAGCGGUCUACUUUAUCAGCGGAACCAUUCAGCAGUCCGAGUAUUUCCACUAUGGGCUUGCUUCGCCAAUUUAUACGCACUUCACAUCGCCCAUUCGUCGGUAUGCGGAUGUAAUCGUUCAUCGGUUGUUGGCGGCUUGCAUCGGUGCGGAUAGCACUUAUCCAGCGUUACUGGACAAACAGGCCAGUUCGCAGCUAUGCAACAACCUCAACUAUCGCAAUCGAAUGGCACAGUAUGCAGGACGAGCAUCGGUUGCAUUGCAUACUCAUCUGUUCUUCCGAGAGAAAACCGAAGAUGAACAGGGAUACAUUCUAUUCGUUAAGAAAAAUGCCAUCCAGGUCAUCAUUCCCAAGUACGGCUUAGAGGGUACAAUUUAUGUGGCUGGUAAAAAUGGCGAACAGUUGAAAAAUGGUCCCAGCUUCGUGUACUGCGAGGAAACUCAAACACAGCGCUGCGGAAAUGUAGAGUUUCAUGCCUUCGAUCCAAUUACGGUACGCCUGAGUCUGGACUCGACCAACGUGCAACAUCAGCGUUUGGUGUUCGAAUUAGUAUCUCCGUUUAUUGAAGGGUUCAGUGUCGCGGCCCUGGAAACAGCUACGGAAGCGUCGUGUGACGGCAAAACUAAGCGGAAGAGCGCAUCGUCAGUAAAGGAGUCAGAAGACAAGUCGACAAAAAAGAGCAAAAAAGAUUUGAACAGCACGAAGCGCAAGAAGAAGUAAUAAAAAACAUAAAACAUCCGUUAGACUAAUAGCGAAUUUCUUUAUUCCACUGUGUGCGGGCAAAACUGCCGAGGAAUAAUAAAACAAAAACGCCAUUUAAGACGCAAGUAAAAAAGAGAUGCCAGAUAAUUGUUUACGAACAACUUAGCACGUGCGGUGGUGGGUUGAAGCUGACAAAUUUCACAGUGCGCUUCGGGCAGCACGGCAGGUCAAAACUGGGUCAAAAUCGAGCGAGUAAAAAAGGGUUUUGACAGCAGUUAGUGCGCUUCCAGGUCAAAACGAGGUGAGCUGGUGGAAUAAAGAAAUUCGCUAUAGAAACGUAUUGGAUUAGGAGGUAUUAAGAAUCGUUUUACCUUCGGAAUAAAGCAUUGUGCAU